UCACACACCACUUCCUUUCUCUGCGUGCCCCGUGUGUAAGCCACAUCACCGGUUGACAGACUUGAAGUGAAAAUGGCUCCUAGGCGUUCCAAGAGCACCAAGAAUCCACCAAUUCUCAGCCAUGAAUUUUUUAUCCAAAAUCAUGCUGAUAUUGUGUCCUGUGUUGCUAUGGUCUUCGUCAUCGGUCUCAUGUUUCAGGCAACGUCGCCCGUAGCUUCACUGUUUGUUGCCAUGCAGCACAACGUAACGCAAAAUGACACAGAGGAUUCUGAUUUCUCCCUGUAUACAUAUGGAACCAAGGACAUGUUCGCUGUGUUCUUUUACUUCCUCAUCUGCAUUGUGAUCCAUGCCGUCAUCCAGGAAUACAUCCUUGAUAAAAUGAAUCGCAAAAUGCAUCUGUCAAAAGUAAAGCACAGCCUUUUCAACGAGUCCGGUCAGCUAUUGUCAUUCUACCUGGUGUCAGCUGUUUGGGGAGCAGACAUUAUACUGAGAGAAAGUUAUGUGACAAAUAUAAACCAGUUAUGGGAAGAGUAUCCGCAUUCACAACUACCAUUCAUCGUGAAAUUUUAUUUCAUCAUUCAAAUUUCCUACUGGUUACAUUGCUACCCAGAGCUUUACUUCCAAAAGACGAAGAGGGAUGAGAUGGGUUCGCGUAUCCAGUAUGCCACUAUGUACUUGCUCUUCAUCACUGUGGCCUAUGUGCUCAACUUCAGCCGAGUGGCGCUGUGCAUGCUGGUCCUACACUACGCUGUGGAGUUUGUUUUCCAUGUGGCACGCCUCCUCUACUUUGCUGAGAAAACAGAAUUUGCUAACACUGGAUUCAUGAUAUUUAACGUUUUGUUUGUGCUGGUACGGCUUGGUUCCAUAACUUUGGCUGUUCUCACUUUCUGGUACGGCCUGGAGCAAAGUAGCCAGGACACUCUGGAUCCCGCAAAUGGAAACUUUAAUACUAAAAUAAUCAGGAUCAACUGUCUGGCAGCCGUGUGCAUCCUGCAGGCCUGGAUGAUGUGGAACUUCAUCACCUUCCACCUGCGCAUAAGCUUGAUUGUCAUGAGAAAGAGUGCUGCCGCCAAGAAGACGAGAUCACCAAGCAAGAAGAAGGUUAAAGCUCUUGAUGAGGAUUUCAGUGCCCUGCCUGAGGUGGACCAGAACAAUGCCACAGAAAAUGGAUCAGUGCGCAACCGCUCCAAGUCUAAGAAGGGACAGUAAUUGACUGAUGUGCUGUGUUGUUGAUAAUUGGUCGACAAGUUAGAAAGUCUGCUCUUUUCUUCAUUUUACCUCGUUUAACCUUGUGAGAUGUAAGCUAUCUGAAGCCUUGAUUCCUUCUGUUGUUAGGGAACUGUCUUGUUCUGACUCUUGACCAGUUAUCAGUGACACUCUAGUCAAUGACUGACGGUAUUUUAUUUUAUAAUGGUGGAGAUUUCAUUGUGUCUAAAUGUUAAUCUGCUACGUGGUUUUGGGUGAAUGGUUCCAUCUGUUCUGUAUUGUAAGCACAAAA